AUGGAUCCAAAACGCCUCCAACUUAACCUUUGGACGCCAUCCAUAUCUUCUUCAUCUUCCUCAUUGGAACACAAACAUCAUCUACCUUCUUCUCCAAGCAACCUUAAUGCUACUAAAGGACACCAUCAAGAGUUUCUUCACCUCGAUCUUACAUUAGGACCACCACCUGACCCUAGCUCUAACCCUAACCCUAACCCUGCGGUGGCGGCACCGACCGGCCGCAGAGCUCGAGCAAACCCUUUUCAGAAACUUAAAGGAGGCAAAAGUGAAACCAUAACAGCACCAUAUCCAUGGGCCACAACACGACGAGCCAGGGUUCAUGACCUUAACUAUCUCCAAUCCAAUAACAUUCGCACCAUCAAUGGGCAGGUUGAAUGCAAAGUGUGCCAGACGGUUUACACCAUUGAAUAUGACAUAAAAGAAAAGUUGAAGGGGAUCAAAGAUUUUGUAUUGGGCAACAGGUGGAGGAUGAAUGAUCGAGCCCCCAAGUGUUGGAUGUAUCCCAGGCUUGAUAAUUGCAAGAACUGUGGGAGCAGUUUGAAACCAGUUAUUGGGAAGAAAAGGGACAUAAACUGGCUGUUUUUGGUGUUGGGACAAAUGCUGGGAUGUUGCAAACUAUCAGACCUCAAAUACUUCUGCAAGCAUACAAAGAAUCAUAGGACGGGUGCCAAGAAUCGACUUCUUUAUAUUGCUUACAUUGAAUUGUGCAAACAACUCUAUCCUCAUGGACCUUUUCAUCUUUGA